AUGAACGAGUUGUUAGUCGAGCUCAGUGGUAGUCGUGUUGGCUGUCAUGUCGACGGGGUGGCUGUUAACAACCUCAGCUACGCAGAUGACAUGGUGCUGCUGAGCGCGUCUGUGUGCGGACUCAGAUCACUACUUAGCAUUUGUCAAUCGUAUGCAGAUAGACAUGGACUAAUAUACAACACGACCAAAAGUCAGUACAUGGUGUUCGGUAUUGGCCAUAGGAAGUUGAUGAGUGUGCCGCCUGUUAGCUUAAUCGGUGCUCCUCUUGACAGAGUCGAGAAAUUUAAGUAUCUCGGUCACUGGGUCACCAGUGAUCUGAAGGAUGAUAUGGACAUUGAGAGGGAACGGAGGGCUUUAUCGGUCAGAGCCAACAUGAUAGCCCGCAGGUUUGUUCGUAGUUCCGUAGAAGUGAAAGUUGCAUUGUUCAGGGCAUUUUGCACUUCCUUCUACACAUGCAGCCUGUGGGAGACGUACUCUCAGAAGGCAUAUAGGGCCCUCCGUGUCCAAUACAAUAAUGCGUUUAGGGUGUUGAUGGGGCUGCCCCGAUACUGCAGCGCCUCGGGCAUGUUCGCAGCGGCUCACGUCGACUGUUUUUACUCAACCAUGCGCAAACGCGCAUUGGCACUGGUGAGUAGGGUACGGGUCAGCCCCAACACCAUCAUGCGCAUGAUUGCGGACAGGUUCGACUGUCCAUAUAUGAACCAAGCUUGUCGCCUGCAUGUUGUUUCAAACACUUAG